AUGUGUUGUGUCAGGAUCCCGGCGGCCGCGCCGCUGCGCCGCCCGCGCUCGCCCGGCGGCGACGCGCGCGACUCCGGCCCCGACAGGAUGCCUCCGAAGAAAUUCGGUCCUCCGGGCAGCGCGACCGCUCCGACCCCCGUCGCUAGAGCCAACAACGCACGCAACGACGACAGGGGUCGUCCCGACAACCGUGGUGACAACCGUGGCGACAACCGUGGUGACAACCGUGGCGAUAACCGUGGCGACAACCGUGGUGACAACCGUGGCGACAACCGUGGUGACAACCGUGGUGACAACCGUGGUGACAACCGUGGUGACAACCGUGGUGACAACCGUGGUGACAACCGUGGCGACAACCGCGGCCAGGACAACCGCAGCCGCUCGGACAAAUGGGGGCAGGACCGCGGCCGUCCGGAUAACCGGGAGCAGGGGGACCGAGGCCGUUCGGAUAACCGUGGUUCUGACAACCGCGGUUCUGAAAAUCGUUCGGAUAACCGUGGCCGCUCGGACAACUGGCAGGACAACCGUGGAUCUGAUAAUCGGAGCAGAUUCAACCGAUCGAAUGACGGUAAUUUGUGA